CUGGAAACGGAAAAGGGGUGGGGGGAGAGGUGAGUGCUGCUGCAGAGCAACGUUUAGCCUGGCUGAGGAGUUAAACGCUUCACAGCAGCACAUCUUCUUCAUCCAGGCAAUAAUCCUGUUGUGAUAGCCAUGUUCUCGAGGCAGCUGCAGCCUCUGAUCUUUGGGAAAAUGUCCUUCGUGGCGUUCAUCCUUACCUCUGCUCUCUCGGUAACUUCCCUGACUGCUGACACAGAGAAGGGAAGGAGGAAAGUAGUGCAUGUUCUUGAGGAUGACACCGGAGCUGUGAUUGUGCAGACAGCUCCCGGUAAAGUGGUGACACAUCGGGGUGGCUCCAUCACUUUGCCCUGCAGAUUCCAUCACGAGCCGGAGAAUGCCGAUCCUGCUCGCAUCAGGAUUAAAUGGACCAAAGUGACAGAUACCCUGCAGUUCGAGGACGUCUUUGUAGCACUGGGAAAGCAGCAGCGUGUGUUCGGUUCGUAUCGAGGCCGCGUGUUUCUGGAGCAAGCAGGACCAGGUGACGCGUCGGUGAUCAUCCAAAAUGUCACACUGGAGGACUAUGGCCGCUAUGAGUGUGAGGUCACUAAUGACAUGGAAGAUGAUACAGGAUUUGUCAACCUUGACUUAGAAGGAGUGGUCUUUCCCUACUAUCCCCGUGAGGGGCGCUAUAAGCUUAACUACUACCAGGCUGAGGAUACUUGCAAAAAGCAGGAUGCCAUUCUAGCUUCUCAUUCUCAGCUGCACAAAGCAUGGCUGGAGGGACUAGACUGGUGCAAUGCUGGAUGGCUGGAGGACGGCUCGGUUCAAUACCCUAUCUCUCAUCCCAGAGACCAGUGCGGACGUAAAGACACUCCAGCUGGUGUUCGGAACUAUGGCUACAGGCACAAGGAAGAUGAGCGCUAUGAUGCUUUCUGCUUCACUUCCAAACCCAAUGGCAAAGUGUAUUUCCUCAAGCGCUUCAAGAAGGUGAACUAUGUGGAGGCGAUUAAGGCGUGCAUUCGAGAUGGUUCAGUGGCGGCCAAAGUGGGUCAGCUUUAUGCAGCGUGGAAGUUUCAACUGCUGGAUCGCUGUGAAGCAGGCUGGCUUGAGGAUGGCAGCAUCCGGUACCCCAUAGUCAACCCCCGUUCUCGCUGUGGAGGCUCCCAGCCAGGAGUCCGAAACCUUGGCUUCCCCGAUAAAAAAUUCCGCCUCUAUGGGGUCUACUGCUUUCGUAAAAACGAGGAUGAAGCAGCAGGUGGCACCGGGAAGACAAAAAGCCCUACGGAGAGUUUGACAAGGAGUAAGAGCAUCAACAGCAUCCCCAUGAAUGCCACAAAGGUGAUUUAAAGUAGGAAGACUGAGACCAGGAGGGGGAUGCAAUUUCGUAUUUGACUGUCGCCUAGCAGCCAGGCUUCAUUCAUCGCAGUUAAAGAAAAAAAAAAAAAAAAAACAACUCAGAGACAAGAUGUACUCAUUUGCAGAAUUUUUUUUUUUCAUUUGCAGAAUUACCAGAGAGAAAAACAAGGCGGUGUAAAAUUAAGGGUGAAAUUUUAAUUUCAGUAAUUUUCCUUUCGUUUCGAGUCAUUCAGUUAUCAUGAGUGACUAUGUUAGCACAUCUGUACCCAGAAAGCUGUAAGAAUUAACAGCAGUUUGAUCAUCACUCAGGCACACAUCAGAUCAGAGCGUCUACCAUAAAUGAUCUUGUUUACAUGUGUGAGUGAAUCAUGCUUUGGACCCUGCUGUGAAUCCUCAUGCCUUGAUGCAAAUAUUCAUUGCUGUGAGAAAGAUGGGAUGAGCUGCAUGAUGAACUGGAAAAAAAAAAUAUCAGAGAUUCACAGUUUUUAUUGUACCUGCCUGUAUCUGAUUGGUUGCUAGGUCAGUAACCCUCUGCACAAUGUCAUUAAGACCUCACAAUCUCAUCUUCAGAGCUGAACAAGUAGUAAAUGCUGCACUAGGUGUAGAAUAAUUGCACUUUAAACACAAAGACCUUUACUUAAAGUAGCACCUUAAGUAGAACCUAAGCAAGCAUGUAUUGUUUGGCUGCGAGUAGUUCCUGGGGCUGAAUUAACAUGAACCCAAGCUACAAUAAUUGCUAUUGACUUGACUUCCAAGCCAUCUGGGGCACCAGUUGCACUGUCAUUGUUACAUGCAGCGAUCUUUAUAAAAGAGG